UAGGGUUUACCCAAGGGUUUAGAGUUUCGGGUUUAGGGUUUAGGGAUUAGGAUUUAGGGUUUAGUUUUUUCUUAAAAAUAUUUUUUUUGUAAUUACUACUAUUUUUAUUUUUAUUUUUUUUAUCUUUUUAUUUUAAAAACAUAAUAUAACUUGACAAUAAUUUGUUUCAUUUUAUAAAAAAUAUCAAAUUUGAAAUAACAUAGUACUAUUGGUUAUGGUGAACCUAGAGAUUCACUCUAGGAGGUGAACCCAAGAAUAAGUCAUAUUUUAAUAGAUAAAAUGAGUUUGUCAAAUCAAGGUAUCUAUCAUAAUUUGAGUGAGAUGGAUAGUAAAAGUUAUCAUAUGAGUAUAAAAUUAGUUUACUUUACUCCUAUUAAAACGGUUUUGGACAUAAAGAUAUGGAUAAGUCAUAAGAAAUCACCUUACGACCCGAAAUUUAUGUUGUUAUUAUAUUAUAUUGUUUCUUGAAAAUCGCUUAUAUUCUAUAGACUAAGAACUUAUAACUAAUGUUUAUGGUCUUAUAGAGUUAUACACUUAUACACCCUUUUUUUUGUCGACACAGAGUUAUACACCUAGCAGACUAAAUCAAAGAUAUUCUAUGAGAUCAAGAUUUAUUUUAAUAUAAUCAUAAAAUUUUAGAUAACUGAAUUCAUAAAUAGAAUUAUGAAUUAUUAUAAACUAAUAUGGAUUUCUAUAAAUACAUCAAGAGUUUUGUCCAAAAAAUGGCACAGAGUCGAAAAGCCAAAGAGGUACAAGCUUCUAAAAAUAAUUGUCUUCCGGAAGAUGACAAAAAAAAAGAAUGUCUUCUGAAACCAAUUUCUCCGAAAUCUCAAAGUAUCGGACUAUAGUUUAUAUAUAUAUAUAUAUAUAACUUAAAAUAUACAUUUAUAAAUCUGAUAAAUUAAUAAAUUUAUUUGUUUUAAGUUAGACCACUUCAAAAAAUGACAUAAUACAAUAUAUAAAUUAAAUAUUGAUUUUUCUUCUAAAUAAAAAUUAGAGAAAUUUCCUAAGAUAACUUUUUUUAAGUUUUUGUCACAAAAUAACAUUCAAUAAAGAAAAUGACCAAAAUAAGUUUUAUUAAAGACUGAAAAUGUAUUUUUACACUAGGAUUAACUAAUAUAGACUUAGGAUUUUAGAGUUAAGGAGUAGAGUUUUGGAGACAGAAUUUCAAAUUUAAAAAAAAAAAAAAAAAUUUAAAAUAAAAUAGGCUAUUUUGUUCAUUUUCUUUUUUGAUGGUUAUUUUUAUGAAAAAUCUUAAAAAAGCUAUUUGAAAGAAUUUCCCUUAAAAUUAUUUAAUGUUUUUCUUAUUGUUAUAAAGUAUUUGGUACAAGAGAGAGAAUCAAUGAUUCUUAUUCAACCGAGUCUAUAGAAAUACAUGUACAAUACAUAUAGAAUCUAGGAUACGCAAUUUGAAUACACCAGAAGAGAAAAAAUCAAACAAAAAGAACAAAUGUGUAAAGUAAAAUAUCGUACUAGUAAAUAUUUCUUCUUUUAUAAAAAAUAUUUAUUCUGAAAAAGUAAAUAAUUUUUUUUAAGUAAAUAACUUUAUAAGUUAACAAGUAACAUAGUUUUGGUAUUAUCUUAUAUAUUAAAACAGAAAUCACAACCUUGAUUCAUGUGUGAUUUUUUGAAAAAUGGACCUAAUGGACCUAUUCAUAGAAAUUCAUAUUACAUUUUAGUUCAGACUAAUAAUAAAUCAAAAUUUUAAAAUAUUUUAAUCAUAAUAUUUUAUUGUGUUUAAAGUUUUAACUGUGACUGCCUUUUCUGAGAACUAAUGUGAAUGUGAUACAUAUACCAUUAAGUUUUUAAGUAAUAGUGUACGUAUUUUGAGAUUCAUCAGAUCACGGAAUAAACUCAAAUAACCAUAAACCAGAUAUGAUUUUUCGUUUGGUGUGGUUGAUUUGAUGUAGGUUUACGUACAAAUUGCAAGAUAAUAUUGUGCAAGAGAAAUACUAUCCGCCGAAAAUGAAGCCAACCAUCCUUGGAAAAUAAAACAAUUCGGUGAGGAUUUUAUCCCAACAUUAUUUUGUUAUAAGUAUUCCUAACAUUAUUUUUGUUAUAAAUAUUCCCAAACAUUAUUUAAGCUUUAUAUUAGAACGUUUUAAAUUUUAUAGUAUAUGAGAUGAACGACAUCGAUCGGAAUAUUAGGAAAGGACUCGACAUAGUCCAAGAUCGACAGCCAGAUUAAUAUAGAAAACGUGCAUCAACCAGAAUAUUAGGAAACGACAUAAUCGAGUCCUAAAACUAGAAGUAGAAACUCUAGCACUUGAAAAUUUAUCAUGACAGCCAAAUUAAUUACGAAACUCAAAACUAGUUCACACCAAAAUUAACCAAACUACUAUUUCAAAAAAAAAAAAUAUGUAUUUUGCAUAUUACUUAAUAUAUACACAGUUGCUAUUAAGCUAUAAAAAUUUGGUUUACAUUAUUUAUUUUUGAUUAUUUUAAAUAAUGUUUAAUGUUUCCACACCUCAAAAACGUCAUUACCUACGUAUAUUUGAUAUACUUCGCCUCUAUAAAUGUUAUUUGGAUCUGUGGUCAUUCCUACUCACAUGCAAAACAAAACAAAAAAAUGGAUAAAAGAUGGAGUCUUCAAGGCAUGACUGCUCUUGUAACUGGUGGAGCCAGCGGAAUCGGGCAUGCCAUAGUAGAAGAGCUAGCUAGUUUUGGAGCUAUAAUCCAUGUAUGUGACAUAUCCGAAACACUGCUCAAUAAAAGUUUAAGCAUAUGGGAAAAGAAAGGGUUUCAAGUGAGCGGUUCAAUAUGUGAUGUAUCCUCUCGUCCCGAGAGAGAAACACUAAUGCAAACCGUCUCAAAGAUGUUCGAUGGCAAGCUGAGUAUUCUUGUGAAUAACGUUGGGGGAAUUCGCCUUAAACCAACAACAGAAUAUGUGGCAGAAGAUUUCUCGUUCCAUAUUUCAACAAACUUGGAAUCUGCUUAUCAUCUUAGCCAGCUUUCACAUCCUCUUUUAAAGGCUUCUGGAUAUGGAAGCAUUGUUAUGAAUUCUUCUGUUGGAGGGGUUGUAUCUAUGGAAUGCGGAUCCCUCUAUGGUUUAUCGAAAGGAGCUAUGAAUCAACUAGCAAGAAGUUUGGCGUGUGAGUGGGCAACUGAUGGCAUAAGAACCAACUCUGUUGCUCCUAAUUUUAUCCUCACUGAUAUGACUGCACCUGUUCUCGGAGACGCUUGUUACAGGAAGAGUUUGUUUAGUAGAACUCCACUUGGUCGCGCUGGAGAGCCAAAAGAGGUUGCAUCACUUGUGGCUUUUCUUUGUCUACCUGCAGCUUCAUAUAUUACUGGUCAGACCAUUUGUGUUGAUGGAGGUCUCACUGUCAAUGGUUUCUCCUAUCAGCCUAAGCCUUGAGCCAUACUGGGUGUGUGUCUGAAAAAUUUGUCUGUGCAAAUAAGAAGAAAGUGAUCCUUCUGUAGGAACAUUAUCUCAUUUUCCAUUUCCACAAGUUAAGGAAUCGAUGAUUCUUUUUACUUUGUUUCCUAUAUAUACAUGUAUAAACCAUAAAAUAAUAAUGAAUAAAGACAGGAUAACUUUGUUUUUUUAAAGAAAGUGUUCUUAUGUUUCGUGUUAAUGCGUUGCUAUGAUCGAGCUUUCUACUAACCAUCGAUUCCUUUUAACUUUUUUUUUUGAAACAUAAAUUUACUUUAAUUCAAACUCAAUUCUUUCUGUUACAAUAAAAAGAGGUAAUGUACCAUUCUCUUUGAUUGAAAAUAUAAACUACACAAGAAAGUAGAUAAGCAAGAUAGUUCUUCAUGAGAAAAUGAUACAGCAAAUUCAAGAUCAAGCUCGAAUGCAUCGAUAAUAUCUUCACAAUAAAACCGGACAGCUAAGAUACAUAAAGAAGCGACGUUGAGAGCAAACUAUCACCAUCGGAAAAUACACAAUUAGUCUCGAUUGCAUCUUUAGGCCCAAUACAAACGACUACACAAGAUGAAAAGCAGUGAUAAAGCAAGACUUAAAGUUCGAUAAUGAAACAAAAACGACAUCUCCUUUCAUGGACAGGAAGAAUGGUGGUAUAAGGUGCUUCUCGCUAGAGACGGUGAAUAUGAAACUAGACCCGAUGAACCCACGAUAAAUAUUUUUCAAAGAAGAGAUAUGACAAUAAACAACUA